AACACUAUUUUGCAAGACUUGGCCGCACUGGCAGCUGCGGAUGAAUUUUUCUUGCAUUUACUACUAGUCACUACAAGUUCAUCUUGCUGAUUCUGCUCACAAAAUUUUUGGUGUUCGUCGUGGUCAUUCUUCUCCUGGUUCUAGCUCGCAAAACUUUUAAUAAAAAUGGCUCCUCCAUCAUACCCAGAUCUUGGCAAACAAGCUCGCGACGUCUUCAGCAAAGGCUACCACUUUGGUCUCUGGAAGUUGGAUUGUAAAACCAAGACACCAUCUGGCAUUGAAUUCAACACAGCCGGUCACUCCAACCAAGAGUCUGGAAAAGUCUUCGGUUCUUUGGAGACAAAAUACAAAGUUAAGGACUAUGGCUUGAGUUUAACCGAAAGAUGGAACACAGACAAUACUUUGUUCACCGAAGUGUCGGUCCAAGACAAGUUGCUGGAAGGAUUGAAGCUUGCAUUCGAAGCUACAUUCGCUCCUCAAUCUGGCAACAAAACUGGCAAGUUCAAGGCUGCCUACGGUCACGAAAAUGUUAAAGUCGAUUCGGACGUGAAUGUUGAUCUGAAUGGUCCACUGAUUAACGCUUCAGCUGUUUUGGGUUAUGAAGGCUGGUUGGCUGGUUACCAGACUGCAUUCGAUACCCAAAAUAACUCUUUGAAAACCAACAACUUUGCCUUGGGCUAUGCAGCCAAGGACUUCGUGCUCCACACAGCUGUCAAUGAUGGCCAACAAUUUACGGGCUCCAUUUUCCAAAAGUGCACUCCCAAACUCGAUGUUGGCGUCCAAUUAUCAUGGACAUCUGGUGGUAACAACACCACAUUCGCACUUGGAGGCAAGUACCUCAUCGACGAUGACAUCAAUGUCCGCGCGAAGGUGAACAAUGCCAGCCAAGUUGGUUUGGGCUACCAACAGCGGGUACGCGACGGCAUCACAGUCAGUCUAUCCGCCUUGAUCGAUGGCAAGAACUUCAAUGCUGGUGGUCACAAGAUUGGUGUUGCCUUGGAGUUGGAAGCUUAAAAUAAUUAUGUUAUGAGAACAUCAAGUAUAGUAAUAAAAUCAGAACAUCGUACUAUUAAAAACGGUAAUUAAAUUAUAACAGAAACCUAACAACAAGAAAUAAAGGAGACCAAAAUCAU